CCAUAUGUUGGCCGACUUGGACAUUCUUCGUGAUUCAUUUGUGGGGGCAGAAAAAAGAUAAUUCGCUUCUAUUGGUAAAAAUUAAACCAUUAGCUUUUAAUCAGCAUGGCCAAAAACACCUCAAGCUCUGCGUUUCGCAAAAUCGAUGUUGAUCAGUACAACGAGGAUAAUUUCAGAGAGGGGGAAGACGAUGCUGUGGACAGUGCGGCAGCUGGGCCGGAUGAAAAUGAAAUCACGUCCCUGUUAACGCAGGGAAAGGGCGUUGAGGCGCUGCUAAGUGCACUGCAAAAUGCGCCGCUACGUUGCAAAAACCAACAUGUGAAGGACCACGCCCUCAACAUAACAUUGCGGGUGCUGUUAUCAAUAAAGUCCACACAAAUCGAUCAGGCGAUUGAUUCGGUCGAGCAAAACGAUCUGAUGGACGUGCUCAUGAAAUAUAUUUAUCGCGGCUUUGAAAUACCAUCAGAAGGCUCUAGCGGACAUCUUCUUCAAUGGCAUGAAAAGGCAUUUGCCAAGGGUGGCGUGGGCUGCAUUGUACGCGUGCUCUCCGAUACGAACCGGGCCUAGGCGUGAGGCUGACUGGCUGGCAUUCUACAAAUAGUGACACUUAUUUAUGCAAACCAAUCACACAUACACACACACACGAGCCACAAACAGCAUUUAGCCCAGGUGCGCAUGCAAUUGGAGUCAGAUCUCUGCUCCUUGUAUGGAAUUGCCGCAAUACAAAUGACGUUUUCCAAAUUAGAUUUUAACUCUUAUGCAAGUAUUAAAGUUUUUAUUAUAAAAAUCGCCAA